CUUUUCUUUCACCAAAAACAAGUAAACCUAUUUUAUGUAAUUCUAUUGUUGUACAUUCAGUGAUUCUAGCUUUUUGGAAGAAUUUAAAAUGACAUCUCGUUUGAAUUUUGAAGAAAAACCAGACAGUGAUGAAAUUCUCAGUUCGUCAUUGAUUGAUUUAAAAGAAAAUUAUCAAUUAGUAUGGCUAGAUGUAAACGCCAAGAACGAUAGUGAUGAAUCGAUCUUUACAAUCAGACAUCUUCAAAAUACUGUCGAUCGUAUAAGUAAAUUUGAUGAUUUACAGGAAUGUGUAUCAUAUAUUGAAGAAACACAAGAAAUAACAACGUUCAUUAUCUGCUCAGGUACUUUAGGAGAAGAUCUAGUACCAACUAUUCUUGAUCGAAAAAAUAUUUGGGCAAUUUACGUUUAUUGUUAUGAUAUUGAUUCUCAUAAACCAUGGACUUGGCUUUAUUCAAAAAUUAAAACUGUACGUACAAGUCUCAAGUAUUUACUAAAAGAUUUGAUAUAUAAUAUACAAGAGUAUAAACAGUACGAAAAGGAGACUGAGAAUGGUAUUGGUAUAUUCAAUUUUAUUGGACAAGAUCAAACAACAACAACAACAGGUAUAAGUGGCACAGAUUGGUCACGAUUUAUCAAUACAUUAUGUCAUUUAUCAUAUCCAACGAAUGCAUGCACUCAAUUUGUUGAUAAUUUAAAGAACUAUUACAAGAACGAUACUGCAAAACUUCGAGAAAUUGACGACUUUGAAAAAAAUUAUAUGCCAGAAAAUGCAAUAUUAUGGUAUACACGUCCGAUAUUUUUAUAUAAACUUUUGAAUAAAGCAUUUCUUUUACGUAAUCCACAAUUAUUGUUUUCUAUUGGCUUUUUCAUACAUGAUUUAUACCAACAACUUAACGAAGAGGAAGAAAAAUAUAAAUCAAACCAUCUUGUUGAUUGUCCUGUUUUUACAGUUUAUCGUGGACAAGUAAUAUCUCGGAAUGAGAUUGAACGGUUUUCAGCCCUUCUCACGGAUUAUAGCAUUGAAGUCUCAAGGGAUGUAUACAUUAUCAAUACUAGUUUUAUUUCUACCACUCAAGAUCGAAAUGUGGCAACAUUAUUCAUAAUACAAUCUUCAACACCUGAUGAUCAAAUUCAAGGAAUUUUAUUUGAAAUUGAAUUUGAUGUCCAAUUAAAAUCUCGUCCUUAUGCAGAUAUAACACAUUUAAGUCAUUUUGAACAAGAGUCAGAAACAUUAAUUACAUAUGGAUGCAUAUUCAAACCAAUUGAUUUAUACUAUGAUGAAACUGAAAACUUCUGGAUAUGUAAAUUAAAAUUAUUAAAUAAUCUUGAUUGCUAUGAUAUAAACGAAUAUGAAAGCACAAGUGAACGUCGAACUUUAAAAACAUGUAUUAAUAACCUUCUCUAUAAUGAUUCGAGAGGCAUUUUUGAAAAAGGAAUUCAAUGUUUUGAUAUGUUAAUUCAACUAUUUCCUGUAGAAAAAUGGAUUACAGUAGCUAAACGUCAAUUUUUACUAUCAAUACAUGAUCGACUCACACAAUCAGAUCAUUCGGAACAUAUUCGAAAAAAUAUUGAAUUAAUUCAUAUGUGGUCUGAUUACGUUGAUGACAAUGAAAUAAAUUGUUCAUUGAUAUAG